AUGCAAGCCUACUCUGUCAACAACACACAUCCUGUGUUCAGCAUGAGGGACCAGGUGGCCACAGCACUUGCAGCCACUCUAGGGCACGUCUGGGACCUGAUUGAGAUGGUGCCACAGCCAGAGGAGAGGUUGGAGAUGAUCUAUGCAUGGGUGGAGGACUGGGACAAGAUUUGGACCGGCAUUCACUCAUGGUGGAAAUACAUCGACAACAACGGAAUUACCAUACCGAAGGUUUGCAACAAGUGUAUGCAUGACUACACCAAGGAAUCUGCAAUGUGCCAGAACCUACUAUCAGGAGAGGGUAGAGUCGAGCGUGCAGCUCGAGGUGGAGAGGUUGACAAGGGAACCUUCUAUGCACACACGCAGUCAGGCAGCAACAACAACAGUACGGGCAAGGGGAAGGGUAAGGAAAAGGCCACAGACAAGGUCGAUGAGCUGGAGAACAAUGAAGGCAACCGUCCACCUAACCCUGACCCAUCGAAAACUGGCGCUCCAGCACCUGAAUGCAAGAAUGCUGGAAGUGGAGGGACAGCUGCUGGGCUGUCGCAUAAACGGACCAAGUCAGUAACAGUAAUGAUGAUGACUGAAACUCUGGUGACAACUGGGCUGAAACUCCAGAUCCCUGCUCGCAAACCACCCCCCAGGCAAAACUCUGAACUGACUCCUGUACACCCAACACCUCGAGCAAGUCCCCCUUUGCUUUCUGACAUGCCCCCACCUCCUCUAACUCUGCCACCAAUGGACAAUCCGGGAGACCUUGGCGAUUGUGGACUUUUUGGCAGACCAACUGGAUUAUUGGACAAUCCACCCACACCCGUUGUCAGCACACAGGACAAGUCUGAAGGUCCUCCAGUUGAAGAAACUCCACAGAUUGCAAACCCAAGUGAAUUGACUACACAUGAGACUCUUGCUGAGUGCAUCCAACUGUUGGAGGGUAGGGCGGAUGAUGAGGAGUUUGAGUUGACCCAGAUCCACCAGAUGCUGGGGCUGUUGGUGAUGCAAGUGGAGCGACAAAUUGGUGCAGUUCAGGGGCGAUGUGAGGAGCUGAAGAGGUUGAAGGAUCAGCUCAAAGAUAUGUAG